CCAUCGAAAUAUAUAAUUCCAUCAUCACUCCUCAAACCAAUGGAAUCCAAAACUGAGUCUGCCAUCGCCGACGUCCGCCGCCUCUACAAGGCCGUAUCCAGCGGCGGCGCAGGAGAAAUCCCGGGCCUCAAUAUUGCCGGGGACCUGGAGUGGUGGUUCCACGGGCCGCAGAAGUGCCAUUACAUGAUGAAAAAGCUCACCGGAGAGUCCUUGCCGGGGGACUUCGAGUUUGAGCCUCGGAACAUCGACAUCGUGGACGAUCUCGUGAUCGUGGAAGGGUGGGAAGGGGCGGAGGUGUAUUGGGUGCACGUUUGGACGCUGAGAGAUGGGGUGAUCACUCAGUUUAGAGAAUACUUCAAUACUUGGCUCACGGUGAGAGAUGUGGGCCCGCUCAGCUGCUCCGCCGCCCCUCUUUGGCAGAGCCACCCGCAGGAACUGCCGGAGCGCUCGCUGCCCGGCCUCAUGCUUGCCAUUUGAUCAAUGCAUAUAUGUCUAAUCAAAUUUUAUUAAAAUAAGUGUAAAUUAAGUGUGAGAGUUGAAUCCUAGAUUUCGCCGUUUGCGGACUAAAAUGUUGCAUCUUUUAUUUAAGAGAAGUUGUAUAUAUGUGAAAUUAUUAGUAUAAUUGAAAAUGGAAUGCCUUUUGAAAUGGCGAGAAGGUUAAUUA